ACAUCUAGGGCAAGCUGGCUGAGAGGCAACCAAGUGCUCAGCUCCUCUGCCGGCUGAGAAAAAGAGGAGAACGAAAGACCAUUCUCAAAGCAGGACUAAAAACGUGAGAUUUUUUUCAACCAACCGGAAGACAGCCAACGGAGGAAGAUUUUCAUCUGCGGAUAUCAUUUAUUUAUACAUAUUGUUUAUAUAUUUAUAUAUAUAUUUGUACACACGCAUAUAGAUAUAUAGAUAUAUAUAUAUAUAUAAAUAAUCUAUAUAUAUAUAUAUAUAUAUAUACAUUUAUCUCUGUACAUAUCUGUAAUUGUGCUUGUCUGUUUAUAUGACUAUUUUUAUAUACUUGUGUGUGUAAAUAUAUAUAUAUAUAUAUAUAUAUAAUCAGAAUAAUAUAUAUACAUACACACAUGUGUGUAUGUAUAUAUCUAUGAAUUUAUUUGCGUAUCACUGUGAGCCAAGAGAAGCGAGAGGAAAUUUUUGUCAUCAGGGCUGGUCUCUGAUUGCAUGGUGGCAUACAAUAUUUAAAAAUUUUCCUUUGAUCUUCUACGUCAAGAGGACAAAGACUACGUGACCAUUUUGUAUUUUUGUGUUCCUGUGCUGCUUGUCAUCCAUCCAGAUCGCUCAGUUUUUUGUGUUUUUUUUAACCAGCAUCCUAGAGGAAUAAAGGCGUCGGUGGUGAGGAUUUGAUGAAAAGGAGCCAAUCUGUAGAAAUUCCUGCUAUUAGUGUUAUCUGUGCCGGCAUUAGCACUCUGUGAACCGAUCACAGAGGGUUCUGUGAGAUCUGAGGAGGCAGCAAAGACAGAGUGCUACGCCGCCCAUCUCAGCAUCAACCCAGCCAGCACAGCCAGCAUGCACAAACACCACCACUGCUGCAAGUGCCCAGAAUGUUAUGAGGUAACCCGGAUGGCUGCCCUGCGUAGGAUGGACGCCCCGGCAUAUGGAGGAGACUGGCAGGCUGAACCCUAUGGAUACCCACCAGGGUAUGGAGGUGGACAGACCUUACCCCCUCCAGCUUCAGGGGGAGGUGGAAGCAUGGGAGGAGGAGGGGGAACUUUGGGAAGAAGUAAGGGGAAAAUGAUGUCUGGAGGAGGCCCUGGAGGCCCCAACCCAAAAGGCCAGUCCAAGAGUGGCCCAAAAGUAAAUGGUAACAACUCAAGUGGACAAGGAGGAUGGUGGCCUGAGUGCACCUGCACCAAUCGGGAGUGGUACGACCAGGCCAACCCUCCCCCCAUUAUUGUCAACGCAGACUCACUAGAUGCAGGCCCUUAUGUAAACGGCAGUGAUGCGAUGUAUAAAUAUGAAGAGAUCAUUUUGGAAAGGGGGAAUUCUGGCCUGGGCUUUAGCAUCGCUGGAGGAAUAGACAAUCCCCACAUUCCAGAUGAUCCGGGGAUCUUCAUCACCAAGAUAAUCCCAGGAGGAGCAGCCGCUAUGGAUGGACGGCUGGGGGUCAACGACUGUGUGCUGCGUGUGAACGACGUUGAUGUGUCUGAGGUGGUUCAUAGUCGGGCAGUGGAAGCUCUGAAGGAGGCGGGGCCUGUGGUGAGGCUGCUGGUUCGACGGAGGCAGGCCCCGCCUGAGACAAUCUUGGAGGUCAACCUGCUCAAAGGACCCAAAGGACUGGGGUUCAGCAUUGCUGGAGGGAUCGGGAACCAGCACAUCCCAGGAGACAACAGCAUCUACAUCACCAAGAUAAUAGAAGGAGGAGCUGCCCAGAAGGAUGGACGGCUGCAGACUGGAGACCGCCUGCUAGCUGUGAACAACAUUGUGCUGCAGGAUGUUCGUCAUGAGGAGGCAGUGGCGGCGCUGAAGAACACCUCAGAUAUGGUUUACCUCAAAGUGGCGAAGCCUGGACCGGUGCAUCUGAACGACAUGUACGCCCCCCCGGACUACUCCAGCAGCCUGGCCCUCCCUCCAGCCUUCCCAACAAUGGUGGACAACCACGUCAGCCAUAACUACAUGGGGGCGAUGGAGCCAAAGCCAGUGUACCCGCCACCCCAGGUCACCCCGUCCAGGUACUCGCCUGUUCCACGCCACAUGAUGGGGGAGGAAGACUUCACAAGGGAGCCGAGGAAGGUGGUGCUGCACAAGGGCUCCACAGGUCUGGGCUUCAACAUAGUCGGUGGAGAGGAUGGAGAGGGGAUUUUUGUCUCCUUUAUCUUGGCUGGAGGACCUGCUGACCUGAGCGGAGAGCUGAGGAGGGGCGACCGCAUUCUUUCAGUAAAUGGAGUAAAUCUUAGAAAUGCCACACAUGAGCAGGCGGCAGCAGCCUUGAAGAGAGCGGGCCAAACCGUCACCAUCAUUGCGCAAUACAGGCCUGAAGAAUAUAGUCGCUUUGAGUCCAAGAUCCACGACCUGAGGGAGCAGAUGAUGAACAGCAGCAUGAGCUCAGGCUCGGGCUCCUUGCGCACCAGUGAGAAGCGCUCCCUCUAUGUCAGAGCUCUGUUUGACUAUGAUAGAACAAGGGACAGCUGCCUGCCCAGCCAAGGUCUGAGCUUCUCAUACGGGGAUAUCCUUCAUGUCAUAAAUGCAUCUGAUGAUGAGUGGUGGCAGGCGAGACUCGUCACUCCUCAUGGAGAAAGUGAGCAGAUUGGGGUCAUUCCAAGCAAGAAGAGAGUGGAGAAGAAGGAGCGUGCCAGAUUAAAAACCGUCAAGUUCCACGCCAGGACAGGCAUGAUUGAAUCUAACAGGCAGCCAGUCAAAGUAAAGCGCAAAAAAAGUUUCAACCUUUCACGCAAGUUCCCGUUUUACAAGAGCAAGGAGAAUAUUGCAUAUGAGCAGGUGGAUCCAGAACAAUGCCUGACGUCCAACACAAGCGACAGUGAAAGUAGUUCCAAGGGUCAAGAAGAUACUAUUCUUUCUUAUGAGCCAGUCAUUCGACAGGAAAUUCACUACACGAGGCCUGUGAUCAUUUUGGGCCCAAUGAAAGACAGAGUAAAUGAUGACCUCAUCUCAGAGUUCCCCCACAAGUUUGGUUCAUGUGUACCCCAUACGACCCGCCCGAGGAGAGAAAACGAGAUGGAUGGCCAGGACUACCACUUUGUGGCCUCUAGAGAGCAAAUGGAGAAAGACAUUCAGGAUAAUAAGUUCAUUGAGGCCGGCCAGUUUAAUGAGAACCUCUAUGGGACGAGCAUCUUGUCUGUCCGAACGGUGGCUGAAAGGGGGAAGCACUGCAUCCUGGACGUGUCUGGAAAUGCCAUAAAACGACUGCAGCAAGCACAACUUUAUCCAAUCGCCAUCUUUAUUAAACCAAAAUCCAUUGAAGCUCUAAUGGAAAUGAACAAGAGGCAGACGUACGACCAGGCCAACAAAGUCUUUGACAAGGCAGUGAAGCUGGAGCAAGACUUUGGAGAGUUUUUCACCGCUAUUGUCCAGGGUGACUCGCUAGAGGAGAUCUACAACAAAAUCAAGCUCAUCAUCGAGGAGCAGUCUGGACCCUACAUCUGGAUCCCCUCCUCAGAGAAGCUCUGAGUUCCCUGCCGUUGUCUCUGCGUUAGUGCAGAGCUCCCCCUCUUCCUCCCCCAACAGACCCCGACCACACGCCCACAUAGCCCCCUCCUCGCCUCCUUUUUGCAGAUAUGUUUCAUAUCAAGUUUUAGUGUCAUCAUUAUGUUACUCUCUAAAUGAAAAAGAAGUCUUAUCACCAUUACUGUGACUGUGCACACCCCUGCAUGAGUUCUCAACAAAAUCCAUACAAGACUAGAAACGCCAUUCCAAAGGAAUCUGUCAAAGAAAACAAAAAGGGAAAAAAAGAACAAAUCCUGUCGUAAGCUGGGGCUGCCUGGAGAUCUGUAUGAUGCACAGAAGUCUGGACAUGAGCGGAACGGGGAUUUUAGAAGAGGUGGCGGGGAAGAAAGACAAAUCACACCAAGUUUGAACACUGUAAAUGUUGGAGUCGUAUUCAAAGACGGGCUGAAGACCGACUGGAGGUUUGGCUUUCUUUCUGUUGCGCUUUUCUAAACAGACUGGAUGAAAUGGAGCCCUGCUGAUGGUACUGUUGUCUCUUGUUUAUACUGAGCGGAGAGAAGCCUGAAGAAACUGGUGAUUCGCAAACCGGCUUGCUGUUUGUCUGCCAGUUGUCUGUGCCGCAGCAGAUAAAGACACUGAAAGGCAGAUCAAGUGGAAGAAAUGUGUUGUGAAUCUCUACAUUUAUAUUAUAAAAAAUCAUAAAAUAAAUGAGAAAAUUCUACUGAGAUUUUACCGCAUAUUAAGAGUACACAUUUUACACUUCACUAGAAUUGUCAAUCUGGGGGGCUGUGAGGUUUUUAUUUCUGUUUUUUUUUUUUUUUGUUUUUUUUUUUUUUUUUGCUUGUGGUUUUUAGCUGCUCUGUGAAGGAUGGAGGUAGAGACGUGUAUCUGGGCUCUCUGCAAAACACCAAACUGCCUUACAUCAAAUACAAAUUCUGUUUUGUGACUACCUGUUGUCUGUGAGGAAAGCUGCAAACGGCUGAUGAGAUGGGAGAGGAGCAUUUUUCUCUGCGUUAUUUUGAGUCCUGCAGCUGUAGGGAGGCCUGAUGUCGAGUGCAAUAGAUUAAAGCGAGUCUCACCCCUGUGGGCACCUUUCCUCUUCCCUGUUUUCAAUCUUUAUCCUCUGUAAUUUCUAAAUCUGGAUUAAAUUUAGACAGCCAAAGGCGUCUAACUCCUGUUUAGCAGCAGACCACCCUCCUACACUCUCUGCCUUUCCAGAGGAUUCACUUAAGAUUGGUGACAUGGUACUGUCCUAUCUGCCGCUGUUGUGGCAAUCUUAAAACGGGUAGAACAAGACAACAAUUGUAUUGGAUGUUCUUAAAGUCAAAUAGUUAUAACCUGUUUUGAAUUGUGCCCCUACCAUAAAAACACUAAAGCUGUGUUUGAGUAAAACUU